GCGGUACCCGCUGCCAUCUCAUGAGUCCACAGUACUUUAUAUUCUGUUCAAUAUUUUGUUCAAUGAAGUCCAAAAAAUCCAUAUCUUUAAACACCAACCUUUAUCCGUUCAUUGAAUAACUGUAACUAUGGGUAGUACUGAACAGUACGGACAGUAUACUAUACUGGGAAGGAUUGGAGAAGGGGCUCAUGGCAUCGUAUUCAAGGCAAAACACCUUGAGAGUGGAGAAGUGGUCGCUCUGAAGAAAGUACCUCUUAGAAGGUUAGAAGACGGCAUCCCAAAUACAGCCCUCAGAGAAAUUAAGUCUCUCCAAGAAAAUGAAGAAAAUCCUUAUGUUGUCAAACUGAUAGAUGUAUUCCCUCAUGGUACAGGCUUUGUUCUUGUCUUUGAGUACAUGUGGUCAGACCUAUCUGAAGUACUAAGGAACUCUGCAAGACCUCUGACUGAGGCACAGAUCAAGAGUUAUUUGCUGAUGCUUCUGAAGGGCGUURCAUACUGCCACAACAAGGGUAUUAUGCACAGGGACUUGAAGCCUGCAAAUCUCCUGAUCAGUUCAACUGGUCACUUAAAGAUAGCUGACUUUGGUUUGGCACGAGUGUUUUCUAAUGAAGGAGACAGAUUGUACAGUCACCAGGUUGCAACAAGGUGGUACAGAGCACCUGAACUUCUAUACGGUGCAAGGAAAUAUGAUGAAGGAGUUGAUCUAUGGGAAUGACAGAGUUGCCUGACUACAACAAGAUCACAUUCCCAGACAUGCCUCCUAUCCCCUUGGAAAAGAUUGUACCAGAUGCUUCAUUAGAGGCUGUUGAUUUGCUGAAAAAGUUUCUGGUUUAUCCUUCAAAAUCAAGAAUCCCUGCCUCUGAGGCUCUAAUCCAUCCCUACUUCUUCACGGAACCGUUACCAGCCCACCACUCCGAGCUACCUAUUCCAGCAAGAAACAGCAAGAUGGCUUCAGUACGAUGUUCCCAUAGUCGAGGGUUCGAUAUUGAUGCUAAACUAGAGAAGACGCUGAUCAACCCAGACAGACUAUAUCACAGGAAACUGCUCUCUUCGUUAAAACGAAUUUGAAAUUUUAAUUCAUUUAGGAGCAAAACAAUGGUCCAAAAUGGGAACCCAGUUAUAUUUAUUAGUGACCCUUACAUCAGGUUUACCGCUGACCUCUAGGAAUCAGGCCCAGAAACGCCCGCAAACACGGAGAAACGCUCAGCAUCAACAAAGUUCAAUAUGGCGACUCUUCCAGCAACAAUUUUGUUAUGACGGAAAACGCCUGACGUCGAACUGCAGUUCGAGGUUUGCGGUACCUAGCAAGAACGUCGUGCUAAAAGUCUCUAUUAUUAUUGUGGAGGGUACCAGUAAACCCUCUUGGAAGCCCACCCCACCCCCUCAGAGACCCUGUAAUGACUAUCUCUAUAAGCCGAGGRAAAAACUGGGUCGGGUUUGCUUUGCAGUGCAUUGUAGUAAUGUUUUAGGGACGAAAUAGACGCCAUAUUGGAAA